UUUACACUUCUCGCUAGUUUAGACUGUAAAGCUCAAAGAUUUCUGAGAGGAUAAAUAUUAGUUAUAUUAAUAGUUUUCAGUCUCACUAAAAGUUCAAUUAAAUAUACCUAAUAAUUUACAAUAUUGGGCUAGGAAAAUUGAACUAGCCGAAUAAUAUUAAAUUUUGGUGUGAUAUAUUAAAGUUUGAUUCUCAUGUAUAACCUAACCAAAUUCCAUCACAAAAAAGGAUUACAAUUUACCGAAAGCUUGGUUGUAUAAAUUCUGUUUAUUUUUUCAUCGAUUAUUAUGGCGUCAGGCUUAGAAAAUUAUAUAAAUCAAACUGUGUCCGUAAUAACGGCUGAUGGAAGGAAUUUCAUUGGAACUCUGAAAGGGUUUGACCAGACAAUUAAUAUUAUUUUGGAUGAAUCUCAUGAAAGAGUGUAUUCAUCAACGUCGGGUGUGGCGCAAGUGGUUUUGGGAUUACAUAUUAUUCGAGGAGAUAAUAUUGCUAUUGUUGGCCUAAUUGAUGAAUCAAUAGACAGUAGAUUAGACCUUGGGAACAUCAAAGCAGAACCACUGGGAAUGAUAGUUCAUUAAAUUUUAAGAAUAACAGACUUAUAAUAGUGUGCUAGUUUUUUUAUUCACAGAAUGUUAUUUGUGUGGUGAUAAAAAUCAUUAAAUAAUUUCAAGAAUAUUGA